AGGAAUAUAAACACAGCUGAGCGUUGAAUCUACGUUUUCUUGGCUCUUGAUUUUGAUUAUUUUUUUAGAAGAAUUUGAAGUAUUUGAACACCUUGGGAAAGCAAAAGAGGAGCUAUUUGCAUCGAUAGUUUGCUUAUCCAAUAAUUUGAACAUUCCCAUUCUCAAGCUCACUUUUGGGGAUGAGUAUUUGAUAAAAUGUCAAGACAAAGUAAUACCCUUUUUCUUGAACAAUGGUUGAGAACUAAUGUUGGUGGCAUUAACCAAACUGGCUCCAGACAUUCUUCGUUGUCGCCUUCUUCAUCUGCCCGUUUCAUCAUUCAAGCCUGGUCUGAGCUCAGAGAUUAACUUCAGAACCAAACAUUUCAUCCCCAUAUCCUCCAAUCAUUGAAAGCUCUCCUUAACUCGCAAGCUUCGCUCCAUGUUGCCGAUCCUCAAGCCAAGCUUCUUCUAUCUGUACUUUCAUCCCGAAGUUUUGAUCUUCCUUCUGAAUUGUACCCUAUCUUGCUCGGGCUUCUUUAUAUUUGGGUCAGGAAGUCUGUCCGGCCAUCUUGUGCGCUCAUUGAUUCAGCUGUGGGUGUCAUUUCUAGUAUAUUUGCUACUGAAUAUGGUUCAAAAAAAGCCCUUCUUUUCUUGCUGAAGGUAUUCUUGUUUUAGGGGCCAUUUCAUUUAUACCUUCUGUGUCUGAAAAUUCAAAAAUAGCGUGUUUGGAGUUGCUUUGUAGGCUGUUGGAAGAAGAUUUCCAGUUGGUUAGAUUAGGAGAAGAAAUUAUCCUGGAUGUGCUGGCUGGGCUCGGAUAUGCAUUAUAUUCUUCUGUGGAUGUGCUUCUUGUUAGAGUAUUGGAUUAUUUGUUGGGAAUUUGGGGAAAAGAAGAUGGGCCUCGUAGUACUUUUCCUACUGCUCUAAUGAUCUUGCAUUUGGUUGAAUGGGUUGUUUCUGGUUACAUAAAAUCACGUUCCCUUAACAAAAUUGAAGCCUUUUCACAGGGACUUUGGGGACUUCGGAGGUGAGCUAUGUUCCAUUUGCUCUCGUUAUGGUUGCGGCUGGAGUAUUGAGAGCUAGUAGAAAUACAGCCAACGGCCAAGGGCUAGAGUUUGUUUCCGUACUAUGGAUUUCUGCAGAAAGUCGGAUAGUCUUUGUAGCACAACAGUUUAUUUCUAAAACUAAAGAUCUAUAAACUCAGAUGAUGAUCCUGCAAAUAGUCUUCUUCGACAAUAUUUAUCAUUAGCCUUGGCUCGAAGUGGUGCAGUGUCAUUCUCUGCCCCUGUGCUUCUGUGCCUUGCAUCAGCAUUGUUAAGGGAAAUCUUUCCCCUAAGGCAAUUAUAUAUGCAGAUUCUUCAGUUUAUCCAUAGUAGUGGGUCUGAAUUUGGGAUCAACAAGAUUAAAAGACAUCUAGACGGCAUUCUUUUUAAGGAAGCAGGCGUCAUAACUGGUGUUUUCUGCAACCAGUAUGUCUCUGCAGAUGAGGAGAGCAAAACUUUCGUGGAGAGUCUUAUAUGGGACUACUGUCGGGAUGUUUACUUUGGUCACUGACAGGUUGCUCUGUUGCUUAAUGAAAUAAACAAUGCCUACUAGUUAAUUUGGAGAAAAUUGCGGAAUCUGCUUUUCUUAUGGUUGCGGUUUUUGCUUUGGCCGUAACAAAGCAGAGAUUAAAUUCAAACUUCUCUCAAGAGGCGCAGAGGGGCCAUUCAGUCCAGAUAUUAGUUUCUUUCUCUUGCUUAGAAUAUUUCUGACGUAUACGUUUUCCGGAAUACAUGGAUACAAUUUGAAGAGCUGUUGCAUGUGUUCAGGAAAACGAGUCUGCCUGCAUCUCUUUUGUGGAAUCCAUGCCCACCUACGUUGACUCGACACUUGGCAAGACUUUUCCUCCAAGCAGAAAAUGGAGUAUGAAUGGUCCAAGGAUGAGGAGGGUGGUCGUUCCAUCUAUGUUUCUAUACAUGGAACAUCCGAACGAAAAAGUAGCUCGAGCCUCACAUUUGAUGUUUGUAGCAUUCAUGGCUUCAGGAAAAGAACCUGAUGAUCAACUAGUGUCGCUGAAGGAGCAACUUGUUUUUUAUUACAUGCAAAGAUCUCUAGGGGGAUAUCCUGGCAUUACUCCUUUCGAGGGCAUGGAUUCCGGAGUUGCAGCCUUGGUUCGACAUCUUCCCGCUGGUAGCCCGACAACAUAUUAUUGCAUUCACUGUCUUGUUGAUAAAGCUAAUAACAUCUUAGGUGAUUUGACCACUUUAAAGUACGAUGACUGGAAAAACUGGCAAGGAGGGCCGGAACCUUGUAAAAAAAAUCCUCGAGCUGCUUUUGCGACUUACUUCCCUUGUCGAUAUACAGGUAUUACCAGCUGUAAUGAAGUUGGCACAGCUUAUUAUCCAACUACCAAAAACAGUCAUUGUCUUACCUUAGUUCUCAAGCGAAAACCCAGGUUUUGACCUCCAGAGGGGGGGGAAAGCAAACAAAACUUUGCUUCUCCGGGGACUAUAGAACCUAAUGCACGGCUGUGAGACAUUCAGAUGCUGUUCUUUUGAUCAAUGGCGUGGCUAAUUCUCCGAUAGAUGGCCCGGAACAUGCAUAGGGUUGCCGAAUCCGAUGGUUCCAUGUCGUACCAUGGUAGUGAAAACUGGAAAUGGGGAUCUGAACUGCAAAUGGAGAAGAAAUUAAAACAAUUCUGUGUAGAAUUGAAACACUCGGUUGAUAAAAUUUGGGUUUGGUCUGAACCUGGUCUUAUUAUUAAUGAAUUUCCUCUCGGCUGAUACUUGAGU